AUAGAGAGACAGGUAAUGAUCAGGUAUAUCCUUGGUAGCAGACUAACAAAAGGUGUGGGAGAGUUUGGUGGUAUAUAUAUAUAAGUAUUUUCCACCUGUCUGUAUUCAUUCUUCCGACCCGCCCCUCACCAUGCAUCCACUCAACCUGAAGCUCCUGGUCGUUGCCUGCCUGGUAGUCGUCGCCUCAGCGGGUUCCCAAGUCAAUCAGAGAGGCUCCCGUCGUUUCGGUGAUCGAAUUCGACAGGUUCAGGAAAGUCGACCGUCUAAAUCCCUUAGACAGCCCCAGUUGGAGCGACAAGAUCAGUUCAGUCAGACGUCUCAUUUCAACAAGCAGGAGGAGUUAAGUCUGUUCACUCCACAGCCUCAGGUCAAUCGACAGCGGAAUCAGGGGAGUCGACGGAGUCAGGUCAGUCGACAGUCUCAAGUGAAUCAGCAGAACCAGUUUAGUCGACAGGGUCAGUCCAGUCGACAGCCCCAAGAGAAUCAUUUCAGUCUAGAAUCUCAACCAAGUCAGUUAAAUCGGCAACCUCAACAGAUUCAAGUCACUCGACAGCCACAGAAGAGUCAACAAGACCAGGUCACUCGACAGGGUCAGUCCAGUCGACAGAUCCAAUCAAGUCAAUCCAGUCGACAGCUCCAAUCAAGUCAGUCCAGUCGACAGGCCCAACCAAUUCAGUCCAGUCGACAGUUUCAGCCAAGUCAUCCUAGUCGACAGCUCCAAACAAGUCAGUCCAGUCGACAGAUCCAACCAAGUCAGUCCAAUCGACAAUUCCAACAGACUCCAGUCACUCGACGGCCGCAGCAGAGUCAGCAAGACCAAUUCAAUCGACAGCAGCAGCAGCAGAAUCAGUUCACUCGACAGCCCCAGCAGAGUCAGAAAGAUCAGUUCACUCGACAGUCACAGCCAAGCCAAUUCACUCGACAGCCCCAGCAGAGUCAACAGGACCAGUUCAGUCGACAGCCUCAGUUCAGUCUUCCCCAUUCUAUUGCGCUGCCCCAGUUCGACCCACCGACCCCAUCUUCACGAAAGCCUCAGGGGGUGAGCCUCCAGCACACUCAGCUGCAUCAACAAGUGGACCAGCAACAACAAAAGCGUCAGCCCCACCAACGUCAGCAGCAGCAGCAGCAACCAAAACAGCAGCAGGAACCACAACAACAGCAUCAACCACAACAACAGCAUCAACCACAACAACAACAGCGUCAACCAAACAUUGCCAUCCUGCGCGACGACCGACAGAACAGCGGAGAUGGCAACUUUAACUAUGAGUUUGAAUCCGAGAACGACAUCACCGUGAACGCCUUCGGUAGUCGAGGUUCCCAGGGCCAGAGCAACGUGGAGGGGUCCUACAGGUUCCCGCUUCCUGACGGUACCUUCGCUGAGGUCCGCUACAUCGCCGAUGAAUUUGGCUUCCGGGCCGAGUCUCCGCUCCUUCCCACGCCCCCGCCUCUCCCCGCCCACGCCCUCGAGCAAAUCCGUUUCGCCGAAGAGCAGCAGCGCGCUCGUGAAGCCCUUGAAGGUCACCAGCAGUUUUGACCUUAACGGCUUUGAAUACUUUCACUCCUGAAGGAUUUUUCUACCAACACAAGGACGCCGUUUAAAGGAUUUCCUCCUCCCUAUUGUGAGUUUGUAAUAUUUUAGAAAUUAUUGUUGGCACAUCAUGUGAAAAAGAUCCACUAAUCUCUAUCAUUAAUUCUA